AUUUUUAAUUUUCUUUCCAACAAAAUUACGGACAUUUGUGGAGAAGGAUAGGUGCCUGGACGACGCAAAAAUAAAGUGCUGCUGCGAAACGAUCAGCCUCCGCCGCGAGCAGCCGACCGGCCGCAGGAGCCGCACAGAAAAACAGCCCGGAGCGUGAAUACUCCAGCAGAAGCAGCAGGCAUGUGCAGGGAGAAACGGAAGCUGGGGAGACUGCGUGUCCGCUUUGCUUGAGGUUCUGCACUGAGGACGAGGAGGAACCAAAGUUUGGUGCUUGUGAGGGUCUCCUGAAAGAGGAACAAAGGAAAAGGUCAUUGAGAUUGUUGCCACAUUUUGCAUGUGCCUGGUCUAGACCACAAUGCUAAUAUUCACGACCAUUUGCGAUACAUUUCAUGCUUCAUCCCAAAACAACCUUAUUAACAAUAAAAUGUAGCGAUGUAUUAGCAGUAGUCCUUUUUGUGUAGGGUUUUGUUUGUAGUUGAACCUAAAGAGUCUUGCUGCCUAAUUCACCAAAAUUAUUUUACUUUUGAGUGCAAAUAGUCAGUUUUUCCAUUUAUGCAUAUUGUUUUUGUUUCUGUGUUUAUCAACAAAACGUCUCAAACCAAUAAUGAAAUGUUUCCAUUUAAGAAAUACUGUUAUGUUUCAAUUUUUACCCACUGCAGGACUUUGGUUUUAGCAUUUUAAUUUUAUACGCCACAGAUGCUAAUCUCAUAAUCGUAUCAUCAGCAUACAAAUUCUCUAACCAUAGCAUUAACAUGCUAAUUUUACAGCUAUAAGAUUUAUCAUGCUAACUUAGCUUGGUGUUAACAUGCUAAUUAUCCAACCACUGUAUUGGCUUUCUAAAUUUCCAACCAUUGGUUUAGCAUGCUAGUUUACCUUGAUGUUGGCAUGCUAAUUAUUGAAAGAGUCAUAGCAUGGCGAUUUUUUAACAAUGCGAUUAGAGGCCUAAUCUCUCAGCUAUAGCAUCCGAUGCGUUUUGUAAAUAAUAUUUAGCAUUUAGUCUGCAUUUUGAGACAUUUUUUCUGAACAUUUGCUACUUAUAAUAUGCGUCGUCCUAAACGGAGACACCGCUGACAAAGAAAGUGCUGCAUUUUGAGUCGAUCGUCACAUAGAAUGUGUAACAGAACGUGCCGUUAAUUGUAUUCCCCUGGAAAAACACACAUUUAAUCCCCAGUUUGUCUCAGGUGUGGCACAAGCUCCUGUUGCCGCAACUUCGAUGAAAACCUCCGAGACGAGUGAGAACCAGCGAAUGAAAGGAGCAACAUUACGUAACUGCAUCAUUCAGAGAUGCUGACAAUGCAACCAGACAUGUUAGUCAUUGCUAACAUGUCUGGUAGGAAGGGAUGUGGAGUGGUGGUGGGGGGUGGGAUUUGUUUGUGGACUAAUCCAGAAAGGCUUCAGACAAACAGCCGUGCAAAGUGUGGAGGAAGGCAUUUCAAAAGCAGCCAUAACCGCAGAGAAUGCUCCGCUAAGCUCACACCUCCGCCAUGAAGGUUACACUCUGAGGAUAACUAGAUGCACAGCGGAGCUGCAUGUAAUUUCAUUUUACAUGACACCCCGCGUUAUAUAAAGUUCAGGCAGACAAAGGAGGCGUCCCUGCGGAGGACCUUGACUCGGCUCUUCGGGCUGCAGUUUGAGGCGUUGCGAAAGCAGCACGUGUCACCAGAUGUAGCGAUGAAGGGUUGCUUUUUUUCUCCCGAACCUACGGCGCCGAACGCGUCACAGCCGGCGCCACCUCUCCACGCGGCGCGAACGACGUGAGGAAGACGUACGCCGGGAUGGAAAACCUGGGUCCAAAGGGAUUCUCAGACAUCUUCAGAGCACAUGUUUGCCGAAAGUGCAGAGGGAUAUUUCACUUGACAGAGCACGCUGAGGCAAUUCUCCAAGAACAAAGUUCUAUUGUGCUCAACUCUGAGCUCCAUUGUUUAAUUCCCUCCUAACUGACGCUCGUCUGUAGAAACUCAAGAUCCGUUUUGAUAGAAAACAGGCUGAAAGAUCUAGAAAAACUCUCGCUCCGCACUGCAGGGCCGCAAUUAGCGGUCCGAGCUAACAACCUUGAAGGUGAAAGAUAAAUGCCCGUGAUGCACCCUGUAAGAAGGCCGUCUUAUUUCUGGAGAUUAAUUGCAUGCACACUAACGUGUCGAAAAUGUGAUUCAUUAUCCACAGAGAGUCAUAUCUGGAGCUGUGUGUGAUAAAUGUAGUCAGUAAUUGAUUUUGUUUGCCAGAUUGAUUUUGCGUUCAGGGGAGGCAGGUGAGUAAUCCCGCUAAGUAAGAAUAAAGCCAUUUGACGUCAAACAGAUGCUAACAACAAAUGAAAGAAAAUUACUUUGUCCACUUGGAUUUUCUGUAGAUUGUUUUUCUCACAGGUAAUGUCAACUUUCAUGGUCAAAAUCUCCGAAUUGGCGCAUUGCCUGUUGAAAUGCCUGAAAGAAGACCCGGGUUGAGGCCGUGCAGUACCGUGCCUCACUGGUAGGAGGCAGUGCUGAGGCCCAUGAACACAACGAGCAACAGAUCACCCAGCUGAAUGUUUCCAGUUUACCCAGUCUGGGUGUGAGAGGACGAUGAAGAAGAGGAGGAGGCGGAGGAGUUGGCGGGGGGCGUCCAGAGGAAGACGCAUGCAAACCCCUUUCCAAACAAACGGCCCAGUGUGCGCGGCGCCGCCCGGCAAAAUGCCUGAAUGAAUCAACGCGAGCGACCGCACAACAGGACGUGGCGGCCGUUUAACACCGGUGUUCAGCCAAUCUGAGGCAAACAAAUGCCGCUCCGUGAUUCGCUGCUCCGCAAACCAGCCAAUGGAAAGACAGCUAGCAUAUCGAGUCCAGGGGCAUUUUUUAGUAGAUUACUUAAAAGAUGAAGCGAGCGACCAGAGGGUGACAACCACAAGUUCAUUCCACCAGAAAAUCGUACGCCGUGGUGACGCACACCAACUUCCGCCGUUGACGCGUUUGUCGUCACCAAAGAUGGCGGCGAACUGUGCUCGAAUUGUCGGGUCGUUUUUGGGCAAAAGUGUCAAUUUCGCCUCGUCUACAAGGCCAGUGACGCUGCAAGUCUGCCGACAGAUAUGCGGGACUCCAACCGUCCGCAGGAAGAACCUGGGGACCGCAGGGCCGGAGAAGUUCACCCCAGAGUUCAUCCAGAAGCAGGUGGAGGAGUUUGAGCUCGGGAAGCGGCACUUGGCCAACAUGAUGGGAGAGGAUCCCGAGAACUUCACCCAGGAGGACAUAGACAGGAGCAUCGCCUACCUCUUCCCCUCUGGCCUGUUUGAGAAGAGCGCUCGGCCCAUCAUGAAGGACCCCGUUGAGAUCUUUCCAAAGCAGAGAGCGGUGCAGUGGGGACCAGACGGGCGGCCUUUCCACUUCCUGUUCUACACCGGCAAACCGUCCUACUACUCCCUCAUGCAUGAUCUGUACAGCAAAGUUCUGAAGGUGGAGAAGCACCAGGACCAGCUAAGAGCCAAAGGACUGUUCCCGACCGAGGCCAAGAAGAUCGCUCUGGGAACCAGCAGGUGGCUGACCAAAGAGGAGCUGGAGGCGGUGCUGGUGGAGACCAUCUCCAGUCAAGACUACGACCACUACAUCCAGCUGAUGGAGCGCCUGGUGGCCAUGCCGUGCUCCAACCUGGAGCAGCAGUUUGUCAUGAGCCACCGCCAGCAGCUGGAGGCCCAGUCCAUGCAUCAGGCGGUGCCGCCGCUGCAGAAGGACGACGCCGGGGUGGACUUCAGCACCGCAGAGGGCAGGAGGAAGUCGUCCAGGGCAUCAGUGGUGCUUCGUGACUGCGGCGCAGGACGGAUCACCGUCAACGGCCAAGACUACGUCCACUACUUCCCCGUGCUGCAGGACAGGGAGCAGCUGAUGUUCCCGCUGCAGUUCUGCGGCCUGCUGGGCCGUUUCGACCUGGACUGCUCGGUGAGCGGCGGCGGCAGAUCCGGCCAGACGGGGGCGCUGCGGCUCGCCAUCUCCCGGGCGCUGCUCAGCUUCGUGUCGCAGAGCGAAGGGGAGGCCAUGAGGCAAGCUGGUCUGCUGACCCCUGACCCCCGGGUCAGAGAGAGGAAGAAGCCCGGACAGGAGGGAGCGCGGCGCAAGUUCACCUGGAAGAAACGCUGAGGAUCUCAGCUGCUGCAGUGACAUUAUCUGUCCAGUAGAUGGAGCCAGGCUGUAAAAUAUGAACAUUUUUCCUGUUGUGAUGAAAUAAAUUAAAGAUUUUCUUAUAAAAACAGA